AUGAUACUACUAAGAAAUAAUGAUUUACUCGCAGAAAUUGUUAAUCAGGAGCAUUCACAUUCUUUUUCAAUUGAUCAACCUUUAGCUUCAUCAACUCAACAACCUAAUUCUGAUAUUAUGAUGAAUUAUUCUAUUAAUAAUAAUAAUAAUAUUAAUAAUAAUAAUAACACUAUACUAAAUAAAUUUAGUAAUGAUAAUAUUGAAUACUUUUAUGAAACAAAAGAAUGGUAUUUAAAAUAUUUUAGCCGUUAUUGUGAAAAAGGUGAAAAACAAUAUCAACAACAAAAUCUCAAUCAAACAUCUAAUGAACAAAAUAAUCAUAAAAAAUAUCAACAAAAUGAAAUGAUGGAGGUGGAACAACAGAAACAACAAUUAUCAUCAUCAUCAUCAUCACAACAACAACAACAAAAUAUAUGGGAAACAUGGACAGAAGAAUUUGAUAUAAAGUUAAAGAUACGUUUAGCUGGUUUUGGGCAUUUAUGUAUUUUACGUGGUAAAAUGAUACUUGAAUCAUAUUUUCUAAUUUUAUCAAAGAAAUGGAUGAAAGCAGUAAUUGUCGGUGGAGAUGAAGUUAUGAUUCAAAUAAGACAAUCUAACAGAAUGAAACGAUUUCGAAUGACAUUUUUCAAUGAAACCGAUGCAAAUGAUUUUUUUAUGAAUUUAUCGAAAUUCGCUGCUACUAAUACUACUACUAGUAAUAAUAAUAAUAAUAAUAAUAAUAAUAAUAAUAAUAAUAAUAAUAAUAAUAAUAAUACUUUAGUAAAUAACAAUGAACUAAUAAAAAACAAAAGUAAUUUAUCAACAGAAACUAUAUUAAAUAAAAUGUUAAAUAAUCCUGUCCAGUUACCAGAAAGUUGGUCUACUGAAUGGCCAACUCAAAGUUUAGAAGGUCUUAUACGAUUAUGUUUGAUUGAUCCAAAUUUUCCAGGAUUUGUAAAUCAAAUUGAUGGUAUUAUGAAAAAAUUUACAUGUACAAUGAGUGAUUUAUCAUCACAGUGAUGAUGAUAAUCUUCUGUUUGUUUGUUUUUUUUUUUUGGUAAAAAGUUGAUCAGAGAAAAAGAUUUGUUUAAUGUACUUCAAUCAUCACAUUAAAUUGGUCAAGUUUCUGUUUGUUUCAAUUAAUUCAAUUGAACAGUAUUAUUAUUUUUAAAUUGUUGGUUUUAGUUAAUAAAAUCUUUAGUUGAACAGUUUCGGUUCUGAUUUUAAAGACACUUUUCAUUGGAAGAGAUAGUAGCAAUGAAGAAAUAUUGUACAGCUGUUUCGUCUUCAAUCAGUCAUAACCAAUAUAAAAACUACAACAAAUGUAUGUUUGCCUAAAUUUGCCUUAUUUACGUCAUAAUUUAUUUCUGUCCCUAUUAUAACGUAAGCUCCAUCAAAUAUCACGUGAUAAAAUCGCCAAUUAAAAUACCGACUAAUUAGACCUUAGUACUGUGCCAAAUCA